CGCUCUACUUUCCCCUAUAUAUACCUCGGAUCCCCACCGUCACAACCAAGAAGCUGAUCUGAUUGAUUUGUUCUUUCCAGGAACAUAGAUCAACCAUCUAACGAAUCUGAUCAUUUAUUUACCAUCAUAUAGACAGGUUAGUGCGCAUGUCUCCUUUCUGUUUUUUUUUUCUCUGCUUCCUUCCUUUGCCUUUUGUCUUGGGUUCGAGUGUUUGUGUUUUUUUCACCUACUUGCGCACCCGGGGGCCCUCACCGAGAGCUGUGAAUCUCCCCCUCUUUUCCAACUCCGGCUUUCUCCUGGGUUCACCGAAAAGCAAAUUGACUGCGGCACCCACCCCCGAACCCUGCAUACUGCAUGCUUUACUCAGCGGGGGGAAGGGAAGGCGACACGGAUGGCGACUCCUUGAGGAACCCGUUGCGGGGCUGCUGAUUCGACGGCCCAAACGCCCAGACAUGCCAGAAAGGGCUGAGUCGCCGCGGGGCAACGAUGUGGUUCGAAGACCGUCUCACAGACUCUCAGACCCCGAGGCGGGGAGAACUCAGUUCCUGGUUGGACCGAGGCGGAGCGCUGGAAUCCGGCAGCGGCGAAAAAAGAAAAGAGCAGAACAGGGAGAGAGAGUGAGAGGCAACCGAAAAAGCAAUCUUCGACACGACGUUGCACGUCCUGGAGGCAUCCUGGAGGCAUCCUGGAGCCAUCCGGGAUCCACGAUCCAGCAGCGGUAGUGCCGCUGGCCACCGCCCAGACCGCAGCUCACCGCCCCUCAUUUCUUUGACUCUCGCUCUCCCUCUCGCGUCGCGCUUCUUCUCUGCUUCGGCGCCAAACCCCACUGGCUCUGGUUGCUCCAGUAAUCAAUCAAUCGCUCCAUCCGUGAUCGCUUUCUAUUCUCCAUCUCUCCACACCAGCUACGCUCUC